UCCCGCGUUAUCAAACCACAUACAGUACAACUGUCAAAACCGAAGAAAAGCGCUCUUUAACAAAUUAUUUUGAGUGAAAGUUGUCCAUUUCCGUCUCGGUAACUGUAUCUUAGCGAUCUACGACCCUCACAUUAUUUGUUAAUAAUAAAAAGUAUGUAAAAGUUGCUCCUGAAGGCCGUUGAAGCGUCAGUCAUAAUCUGAGCAUUUAAAACAGGUCAUCGUCUGUGCAUCAUGGCACCUUUGCAGGAGCACCGGGUGGAGAAACUGGUGGAUGAGGCUUUCAAACACAAUCAUUUUCAAGAUCUAGAAAAAUUCUUACAAAAUGAAAGCAAGGAGGAAACCACAAGAACAUGUUCCAGACAAUUCAUGACCAAGCUGGAUAAGCUUUUCCUCAGGGAAGUGGAUCUUGGAAAUGUGGACAAUGCUUGUCUGGUGCUUAACGUUUUGCACAAAUAUGGUGAGAUGCUGGUGUUUCCAGGGGGUGCAGGGAUAUCUGUAAUGAUCGCCCAGGGAUUUGUCAAAAAGAUGGUCCAGUGGUUCGAAAAGGCCAGAAAGCUGUGGGUGGAGGCAGGGUCUUCAAGAAAUGAGGCUAUGAUAAAGCUGGCUGAGGACUUCUUUGAUGCACUGAUGGUUGUUCACGAAAGCUGUAAAGAAGGAACAUAUGAGGUCACAGAAGCUCUGCUUAGUCACAUUGGCAAACUGGCCUCUGAUGCACAAAUAAGCAUCGUGAUUCAGAAAGAGGCAGCAAGGAAACUCAAUGCUAUUCUGGAAAAGAUUCCCAUGGAGCUGAAAAAGAAAAAGAAGAUCUUGUCAACUCAAGAGGCUUCAUCUAUGAUGAAUGCAGUGGCCAGUCAAAUCCUCAGAGGUGGAGAUUAUGACUUGCAGGUGUCUUUAAUGGAGGCCCUCUGCAGAAUGGCUUCACCAGCUCAGAGGAAUCAACUAGCUGACUCCUGGUUUACAAUGACCUUUGUCUCCUCUGCAUUCAAGAAGAUCAAGGAUUCUCAGUUUGAGACUGACUGUAGGAAGUUUCUAAAUAUGGUCAAUGGCAUGCAAGGAGAUGGGAGAAGCGUGUACUCCUACCCUUGCCUGGAGGCAUUUUUUUUUGGAGAAUGA